AGUUUGUACAAAUCAAAACUUGUAUUCAUAUUGUAAAAAUGUUGCGGCCGAUCUGCAAAAUUAGUCACAAGUUGGUCGCAGAAAAACAGUUUGUUCGAACAAAAGUAGUGAAACCAGUUUCUAUCUUGAAACCUGCUGAAAAAAUAAAGCUAUACAACAGAGAAAACAAGGAUCUAUUCGGUCCUCUCAUCGAAACAAAAAAGGAAAAAAGCAGUCGCGAGAAAAAAGCGGCUAAAAAUAGAACUCAUCAAAACAACGCAGCGAAUGUGCCCAAAGAAAACACGCAAAAAUUCAAGAGCGUCGCAAAUGAUGCUGGGAAAAGUGUAACGAACAGUGCAUUUGAUUCUUUGAGACUGAUAAAGAACAAAAUGUGGCAAAACACAAGGACUUGUAUCAAUUUUCCCGUCGUACUGAACAGUGUGAGAAGUAUCAAGACUAGUGCAGCAAAGAAUGCUGUUAAAAGUUCAGCGGUACAACAGGGGUAUGCCAGUGAUGAUAAAAUCCUGCAGAUAAAACAGCAUCAGAAUGAUUAUGCGAAACAGUAUCCCUCUGUCACUCUUAUAUUGAACAAAACUAUGACGGAGGAGUCUAGAAAAGCUCUUGAGAAAUGGAAGAAAGAAAGGAUAGCUGAGAUGGGUGAGCAGGAGUUCCAAAGGUUUUAUGCAGCUCAAAUGGAAGUCGGCACGAAAUUUCACAAUACUCUCAAGAACUACUUUACACAACCACUGACGCAGCUGCGUAUUGACAAGGAGGUUGAGGGUGUGUGGGUGUCCGUGGCUGAUGUACUAAAAAGUAUAUCCUCCCCCAAGGCGAUAGAGUCCAAUGUUGUUCACCCCAUGCUGAAAUACCGAGGGAUAUUCGACGCUAUUGCUGAUUAUGAAGAUAAACCUAUGCUAAUAGAAUGGAAGAAAUCAGACAAGCCGCGUAAGUCCAUCGCGCUAACCUACGACAAUCCCGUCCAAGUCGCAGCGUACUUUGGCGCGGUGUGUAACGACCUCAACUACAAACAUUUCAACGUCCGUGACGCUUUACUCGUGAUAGCAUACACCGAUGGCUCCAAGGCUGAUGCUUUCCAUCUAUCCACGGAUAAACUGAGAGAGAAUUGGGCACAAUGGCUGAUCAGAUUGGAGGAGUAUACUUUAAAGUAUGGACAGGACGCGGAAAAGAAAUUGCAGGGCGGCAAAAGGUUGUUUGAGGAGCAAAUCGGGAAUCUCUAAAUGUUUAUGAGUCAAGAUUAUAUGUCCAAUGCCGAAACCCGAGGCUGAUUGUGGUCUGUGGAGUCUCACGAUGGAACUCGAAUGGUGGCCGAUCUACAUAAAAAUUAUGUAAUUUUUUUAAAAGGGUAUUCUUCGCCGAAAGCGUGGUCACAUAAAAAAAUAACUAGGCAGUUCUGGAAAUACAUAUUACUUACA